GGUGGUGGCACGUGUUCGGCGAUACACUGAGAAAAAAUCCUCAUUGUAUCGUUUUGUGUCGUUUAGGACUACCCUGUUCCCUCCGAUGUGUACGACUUGUAGUUUGAGGUGCUGAAAGCGUGUCAUGGCAACGAGAGGAGGAGAAAUAUGUGUAAUUGUGCUAGCUAAUUGCAGAAGACUGGGGAGCUAAUGUUAGCUGAGCCGAGGAACAACAUGUCCAGACUUGUUCCGAGACACUCGGCGAGCGAGGGAAGUACGACACAUACUCCAUGAGUAUACCUGAUAAUUAUUUUAUCGCUUUAAUAACAGACAAAAUGGAUUACAAGUUCCCACAGCAGCUUUUCCCUUCGUUUUACAACGACGGACCACCGGACUCGGUCCUGAAACACUGCGCUGGAAACUGGGGCGGCUACGACCAUGUCAGACCUCAGGGCGGCUCUGGUCCUCUCUCCAGCUGGACGUUCACAUCCAGACAUCAGGCCAUAGGGGAGACGUGGCGUCACACUGAGCCUGUACCUGUUCCCCUCCUGUCUCCUAAAUACCCUUACCUGUGGCCUUCAAAGCCUCCAGAUCCUCAGGACUUCAGAGAACAUAUGCAGAACUUCUUCGUGGAUCACUGCCACGAUGCCUUCGGGUGCAUGAGUGAAAUCCUGGGCAAAAACUUCAACUUUAAACAAGGAAAGAAAGAGAAAUAUCGGAAGGAUUCAGUUCACAUGUGGAGGGUGAGAAACAUCCUUGAUAUGCUGAAUUUUAAAACAUGUCAGCAGUCAUUUUCCUCCAAAACUCUUAAUAAGUACAGUGUCCUGCUGUCGGAUGUGGUUCACUCCGUCCCUCCUGAGCUGUUGGGUGAUCUGCUGUAUGAGGAGCUGACAGAGCAGAGAGACCGUCUGCUCUUCUCUGAACGGGCCACCGGUGGCGCUCUGGCCUUCGUCCCCUUCUCACAGAGCAGCAGCGGCUCUCAGCAAGGCUGCCUCCUCUACCCCGGAAACCAGGGACUGGACCGCCUCAACUUCCACAGAGUGGAGCUGCAGCACCACACAGGAAGUUCCCCCGUUCUGAACACCAGCAGCAGUGACCCGUUCAGCUUCCAGCUGAAAGGUCCCAUCAGACAGAUCAGCUCCACCUCCCUGUUCAACAACUGUUGUGUUGCUGUGCGGUCGGAUCGCCUGUGUGGAGCUUGGAGUGUCAGCGAAACAAACGAACCUCGUCUGCUGCAGGUCGUCAGCACCAGAGAGGUCGCAACCUGCGUCAGUGUGAGUCCUCAUGUUUUAGGUGAAGUUCUGGUGGCAAGUGAGAGCGGAGCAGUGAACCUGUGGACGGUUGGCAAAGAGAUGCAGAAGGUUCGACAGGAGGACAGCAACCUGUACUUCAAUGCCAAGUCAUCGUGGCGAUGGUGCGAGUUCUCCGCCCACCCGAGGGUGAUGCUGUACGCAGACAGGACGGGGGCGGAGCUCACAGACAUCAGGGCGAAUCCCGUCGGCGGUCACACUCUGUUUCGUAUCAGUAAAACCUCUGAGUGUCGGAGAGGAGAGAGACUCAUCCUGUCCAGGUAUCUGACAGAGGCCCACUCCUUCCACCACCUCAUCACCACUCAGUACUCGGCCUAUAUCGUGGACGAGCGUUUCCCCUGCAUGCCCGUGCUCAAGUGGGAUCACAUGAUGCAGUCCCCGCCCUUGUUUUGUCACGUCCUUCCUGGCUCCCAGCUCUCCUCUGGAUCAACAGUGGACGGGGCUAGAACCACCAAGGUCCUGUUGGGCUCCUACAGUUCUCAGGAAAUCACCCUGCUGCAGUACUCAGGAGGCAGAGCAGAGGCCUGUCUCAGUCGAGGUCCUGCUCAGGCCCUGCUCAGACCCAGAGAUAGUGUGAAACACCUCCCUGUCCAGAUUCCUCACCGCCUGGACAUUGCAACCAACAGACUGUCCUCACCUGCUGCAGGUCUGACAUGUGUUCAGAAGAAAGGAGAGAAAGAAGCAGGUGGAGAGGAGUGUAUCUGUGUCCUGCAGCUGACAGAGGCGGGAGAUAUAUUCUACCAGAUCCUUGAGUCGGAGCGACCGGACUCCGAUGCAUCUCGACCUCCAGCAUCAGAGGACGAACCGCUGCCUCAGCAAGCAGCCCGCCAGCUGCUGCGACCGACUCUCGAAGAAGCCACAGCGUCAGAACAACUCGCUCCAGAUUCUCAGCUGGUUCUAGAAGACCCGCUGAGCGACGAGGGCAUCAUUGGGCCGACUCAGGGUCCGAAUGUGCCGAGGUUUGUGGCUGAAACACCAGAGAGGGAACAACGAGUGGCAAGCAUGUUCUCUGACUCAGACUCUGAGGAUUCAGAGUCAGGGGGGAACAUUCGAAAGCUGAUACAGCUGGGGCUGCAGGUUAUCAUCAAUGAUGAUCCAGACCCAGAUCAUGGGAGUGGAUUGGACGCAGAAGUGAUGGAUGGAGAAGUGGGUGGGGCUAAAGCAGACGAUACUAAUGACCCCAGCGGUGUGGAAGGAACAGCCUGCAGCACAAGUAACUUGAGUCCCUGUGAGCAGCAGACUCACGUGAAGCUCAGCGAUGAUGCGCUCAUCACCUGGAAGCGAUGGCUCCAAAAACUGAUGCGAAAGAGUCGUGAAAAGAAGCCCCGCCCACACCGCUUGAAGCACUUCACAGUCAAAACCAAAGACGUCCUGCGCCUGCCUCGUGACAAAGCGAGAGAUUCGACAGAAGAGGAGCGUGUGCAGAGCCUGAGGCGAGAUCUGAGAGCGUGCAUGUCCAAACGCUCACUGCUGGUUCACAGCGCCGUCUCCAGCUCGCUCAGGGUUCCAGAUGUAGUACCGCUGCCAAACCCAGUGGACACAGAAGUCUGGAGAGAUCACCUCAGCGAGCGGCUCACCCUCUCAUGGCAGGGGGAGGACGCGUGGCGGGCGUGGUGGGAGGACCAUCUGGGGCUGAACAGGGAGGAGAAGAUGAAGGCUCUGAGGAGGAAGAGGAGGAGGGAGAAGGAGGUGAAGAGAGCUGCCGGCCGACGCCUGGAGCUCUCUGGGAGCUUCACCUCGUCGGUCAGCUACCAGUCAGAUCUGGACAGUUUCUCUGAUUCGACAGGCUGGUCCUCUGCGGCAAGUCAGGGGAUGUGGUCUGAUACAGAGGGGACGGGGCCGUUGUCCAAGUUGGAGGGCUUUUUGGAGCACGGGACGCCAAGAGCCACGACGUCCUCCACCGUGCAAAACGACACCCCAGUUGCCACACCAACUGCGACACCUGUUAAGGAUAAACAAGGUGACCAGCAGACUCCCAGCAGCCCCUGCACCCUCGCUCAGUCCCACACAGUAAAACCAGACUCAACGCCAGCCAGUCAGAGGAAGAACAAACGUCCAGCACAGGACUACCUCAGCUCUCUGUUUGCACUGCAGGACGAGUCCUCACAGCACAGCAUUUACUUCCCGGAAGAGGAAAGCGGCAGACAGCGCCCACCUCCACCUGCGUCUUCCUCCUCCUCUCAGCUCCGCAGUUCACAGUCUGUGCCUCAAAGGAGGGAUCUGUCCCAAGGCUCCUCCAUCUGGUCUUCAGGUUUCUCCCAGUCUCUGUCCCUCUCCCAGAGUUCACAGGGCAGGCUGGGGCUGUCGCAGGCGUCGCAGGCAUCUCAACCUAAGAGGAAGAAGUCAAGAAUGGGAUUCUGAUUCAUUGUUUGGUGUGUCCAUCACACAUAGAAUUCUUUUCUUCGGAAUUUA